GUCACUCUGCUAGUGCUGGCGGCGGAGUCUGUGGGCAGCGCCGACCGGCCGCUUUCCAGAAUCAAUGGGGUCAAGGGCAGACGCCCGGGUAGGAAUAAGUGUAUGUAGGGAGUGGGAAGACAGACGGUGUCACUGCUUUUUUGACUGGCGAAGCCUCUUGCUUAAAUAUGGUGGUACAGGAUUAUCACGGACAUAAAAUUUGUGACCCUUAUGCCUGGCUUGAAGACCCCGACAGUGAACAGACAAAGGCCUUUGUGGAGGCCCAGAAUAAGAUUACUGUGCCAUUUCUUGAGCAGUGUCCCAUCAGAGGUUUAUACAAAGAGAGAAUGACUGAACUAUAUGAUUAUCCCAAGUAUAGUUGCCACUUCAAGAAAGGAAAACGGUAUUUUUAUUUUUACAAUACAGGUUUGCAGAACCAGCGCGUAUUAUAUGUACAGGAUUCCUUAGAGGGUGACGCCAGAGUGUUCCUGGACCCCAACAUACUGUCUGAUGAUGGCACAGUGGCACUCCGAGGUUACGCAUUCAGCGAAGAUGGUGAAUAUUUUGCCUAUGGUCUGAGCGCCAGUGGCUCAGACUGGGUGACAAUCAAGUUCAUGAAAGUUGAUGGUGCCAAAGAGCUUCCAGAUGUGCUUGAAAGAGUCAAGUUCAGCUGUAUGGCCUGGACCCAUGAUGGGAAGGGAAUGUUCUACAACUCAUACCCCCAACAGGAUGGAAAAAGUGAUGGCACAGAGACAUCCACCAAUCUCUACCAAAAGCUCUACUACCAUGUCUUGGGAACCGAUCAGUCAGAAGAUAUUUUGUGUGCUGAGUUUCCUGAUGAACCUAAAUGGAUGGGUGGAGCUGAGUUAUCUGAUGAUGGCCGCUAUGUCUUGUUAUCAAUAAGGGAGGGAUGUGAUCCAGUAAACCGACUGUGGUACUGUGACCUACAGCAGGAAUCCAAUGGCAUCACUGGAAUCCUAAAGUGGGUAAAACUGAUCGACAACUUUGAAGGAGAAUAUGACUACGUGACCAAUGAGGGGACGGUGUUCACGUUCAAGACGAAUCGCCAUUCUCCCAACUAUCGCGUGAUCAACAUUGACUUCAGGGAUCCUGAAGAGUCUAAGUGGAAAGUGCUUGUUCCUGAGCAUGAGAAAGAUGUCUUAGAAUGGGUAGCUUGUGUCAGGUCCAACUUCUUGGUCUUAUGCUACCUCCAUGAUGUCAAGAACAUUCUACAGCUCCACGACCUGACUACUGGUGCUCUCCUUAAGACCUUCCCGCUUGAGGUCGGCAGCAUCGUGGGGUACAGCGGUCAGAAGAAGGACACUGAAAUCUUCUAUCAGUUUACUUCCUUUUUAUCUCCAGGUAUCAUUUAUCACUGUGAUCUUACCAAAGAGGAACUGGAGCCAAGAGUUUUCCGAGAGGUGACCGUAAAAGGAAUUGAUGCUUCUGAUUACCAGACAGUCCAGAUUUUCUACCCUAGCAAGGAUGCUACGAAGAUUCCAAUGUUCAUUGUGCAUAAAAAAGGCAUAAAAUUGGAUGGCUCUCAUCCCGCUUUCUUAUAUGGCUAUGGCGGCUUCAACAUAUCCAUCACACCCAACUACAGUGUUUCCAGGCUUAUUUUCGUGAGACACAUGGGCGGUAUCCUGGCAGUGGCCAACAUCAGAGGAGGUGGCGAAUAUGGAGAGACGUGGCAUAAAGGUGGUAUCUUGGCCAACAAACAGAACUGCUUUGAUGACUUUCAGUGCGCUGCUGAGUAUCUGAUCAAGGAAGGUUACACAUCUCCCAAGAGGCUGACUAUUAAUGGAGGUUCAAAUGGAGGCCUCUUAGUGGCUGCUUGUGCAAAUCAGAGACCUGACCUGUUUGGUUGUGUUAUUGCCCAAGUUGGAGUAAUGGACAUGCUGAAGUUUCAUAAAUACACCAUCGGCCAUGCUUGGACCACUGAUUAUGGGUGCUCGGACAGCAAACAACACUUUGAAUGGCUUGUCAAAUACUCUCCAUUGCAUAACGUGAAGUUACCGGAAGCAGAUGACAUCCAGUACCCAUCCAUGCUGCUCCUCACUGCUGACCAUGAUGACCGUGUGGUCCCUCUUCACUCCCUGAAGUUCAUCGCCACCCUUCAGUACAUCGUGGGCCGCAGCAGGAAGCAAAGCAACCCCCUGCUUAUCCACGUGGACACCAAGGCGGGCCAUGGGGCAGGGAAGCCCACAGCCAAAGUGAUAGAGGAAGUCUCAGACAUGUUUGCGUUCAUAGCGCGGUGCCUGAACAUCGACUGGAUUCCAUAAACAGUUUCCUGCUUCCUCCUGGCAACGACAGAAAACCUCAAGGGCUUUCCCACGUUCAAACCGAGAAACCACUGGGCAUAAUGCUUCCCCACGGGAACAUUAUUCCUGCACUCACAGACUACAGUUGAACAGAACUGCUGUGGGAAUUUUAUCUUUUUUAGGCUUCUCCUUUUUAGCAAGCCCUUGACGUUUCUUUUUCCACCCAGUCUAGGCACACGUGGUUUUUUUUUUUUUUUUUAAAAAAAAGGCAUGUUUGGAUAAAUAGCUAAAUGGCAACAAACACAUUGUGAAUAUUAGAUUGCUGAAUUAAAGAUCAUAGUCGGGCACACUUAUAUAUAACACCUCAGCGAAAUUUGCUUCUAUAUCCAUAACCUCUAUAUCUUUAAAUAAAUGUGAGAAAUGUUCUCAUGGAGAAGACUUCUUUGCAACAAUAAUAAAU